AUGUUCGCACUCAAUGAUAAUAAACCAGUUUGGAUACGAGAUAAUGAACAUGGAUUUCUUCUUGGUAAAAUAACUGAUAUUGGCUCCGAUAAUGUUACUGUUCAAUUAAAGGACAAUAGAAAAACAAUAGUUGUUCCGUAUGAUUCAGCAUUUCAAGCGGAAGAAUAUGAUAAAAAUGUUGAUGAUAAUUGCGCACUUAUGUAUCUUAAUGAAGCAACACUACUAAAUAAUGUUCGUCGUCGAUAUAAAAAAGAUUUAAUUUAUACUUAUGUGGCGAAUAUUUUAAUUGCAAUUAAUCCUUAUAAAGAUUUAGCUGGUCUCUAUAGUAGCGAUUCAACCAAGCGUUACAAUGGAAAAUCACUUGGCGUUAUGCCACCACAUGUUUAUGCUAUUGGCGAUAAAGCCUAUCGUGAUAUGCGUACGAUCAAGCAAAGUCAAUCGAUAAUAGUAUCAGGCGAAUCAGGGGCUGGCAAAACUGAAUCAGCAAAAUACGUUUUACAAUAUUUAACUGAAUCUUAUGGUGCACAUAAUGGUCAAAUUGAAGAUCGCAUAAAUAAAUCAAAUCCAUUGUUAGAAGCAUUUGGAAAUGCGAAAACAACACGUAAUAAUAAUUCAAGUCGUUUUGGCAAAUUUAUUGAAGUACAUUUUAAUGAUAAACAUCGUGUUGUUGGUGGUUACAUAUCUCAUUAUUUGCUUGAAAAAUCACGUAUAUGUGUACAAUCAAAAGAUGAACGAAAUUAUCAUAUAUUCUAUCGUUUAUGUGCUGGUGCACCUGAAAGCAUUCGAAGUGCAUUACGCCUGGGAUCACCAGAUAGUUUUCAUUAUCUUAAUCGUGGCUGUACACAAUAUUUUUGUAAUAAUCAAACAGAAAAAUCUUUACCAAAAAACCGUCGAAGUGACGAUUUCAUAGCAAAAGGUGCAUUACGUGAUCCACAAUUAGAUGAUGUUAAUGAUUUUAAUGAAUGCGAUCAAUCGAUGGAUCAAAUGGGUUUAACAACACAAGAUAAACUAAAUAUUUAUAGUACCGUUGCAGCAGUUUUACAUCUUGGAAAUAUUAAUUUUGACGAUGAUCCUGAGAGUACGAAAGGUGGUUGUAAAAUAACUCCAGCAACGGAAAAAUCAUUGAGUGUAACAGCUGAAAUGCUUGGUCUUGAUCCACGUGAUUUACGCAAUUCUCUAAUAACAAGAGUUUUAAUGACUAAAACAACGAGUAGCAGUAAAGGAACUGUUAUACAUGUUCCAUUAAAAGUUCAUGAAGCUCAAAAUGCACGUGAUGCUUUAGCUAAAGCAAUAUACAUUCGUUUAUUUGAUCAAAUCGUUACUUUUGUGAACAAAUCAAUACCGUUUAGUUCAUCGAAUUCAUAUAUUGGUAUUCUUGAUAUUGCUGGUUUUGAAUAUUUUCCUAUUAACUCAUUCGAACAAUUUUGUAUUAACUAUUGUAAUGAAAAAUUACAACAAUUUUUUAAUGAACGCAUACUUAAAGAAGAACAAUUAUUGUAUGAAAAAGAAGGUCUUGGUUUGAAAAAGAUUGGCUAUAUUGAUAAUCAAGAUUGUAUUGAUUUAAUCGAAGCGAAAACAACAGGUUGCUUUGAUUUAUUGGAUGAAGAAAGUAAAUUACCAACACCACGACCUGAACAUUUUACACAUGAAGUUCAUAAUCGUAAUAAAGGUCAUGCAAGACUUGAUUUUCCACGUAAAUCUAAAUUACGUGCAUCACGUGAAAUUCGUGAUGACGAAGGAUUUUUAGUUCAGCAUUUUGCCGGCAGUGUUGUUUAUUCAACUGCUCAAUUUAUUGAGAAAAAUAACGAUGCUUUACAUACAUCAUUACUUAUACUAGUUCAAGAAUCUAGAAAUAGUUUCAUAAGAAAUGUUUUUCCAAAAGGACAAGAACAAGGACAAUCGGCUGGAAAACUGAACUUUAUUUCUGUCGGCUCAAAAUUCCGCUCGCAAUUAGCUGAUCUUAUGAAUAAAUUACGAAGUACUGGUAUUAAUUUCAUUCGUUGUAUUAAACCAAAUCUCAAAAUGGUUUCAAAUCUAUUUGAAGGUGGUCAAAUUCUAAGUCAGUUACAAUGUAGCGGGAUGGUCUCAGUGUUGGAUUUAAUGCAACAAGGUUUUCCAUCACGUACACAAUUUGCUGAUUUAUAUGGAAUGUAUAAAUCAUAUUUACCAAAAGAAUUAGCACGACUUGAUCCACGACUUUUCUGUAAAGCUUUAUUUAAAGCUUUGAAUCUGCAUGAUACAGAUUUUAAAUUUGGUUUAACAAAAGUUUUUUUUCGCCCCGGAAAAUUUGCUGAAUUUGAUGAAAUUAUGAAAUCGGAUCCGAAGAAUUUAGCUGUACUUAUAUCGAAAGUUAAAAAAUGGCUUUUAUGGACUCGAUGGAAAAAAGCACAGUGGUGUGUUUUAUCCGUUAUUAAACUUAAAAAUAAAAUUCUUUAUCGACGUCAAUGCUUGGUUGAAAUUCAAAAACGUGUUCGUAUGCAUUUAGUUUAUAAACGUUAUGCACCACGAAUUCGAGGUUUGGUCAAAGUAAAAGCAUUACAUGAACAAGUUGCUUCAAUGGAAAAAUUUGUUACACAGCUGAAGGCGAACAAAGAACAAGUUUACAAACAAGUACACCAAUUAAGACAACGAAUCGAUCAAUUAAUUCAUGAAAUAACAAAUACAUCUAUGAAAGUAGCAAAUAUUGAUAAUGCCUAUAAUGAUCUUGCUUCAUCAAUUGAUCGUGAAUUCAAACGUUUGAAACAAGUUGCUGCCGAACAAGAUAUAAAAGAGGAAGCAGAACGUUUGAAAAAAAUUCAAGUGGAACUCGAGCGUGAAAAGCAUAAAAAAGUUACUGAAGAGAAACGUUUAGCGGACGAAAAAGAAGAGUUUCGACAACGUUCAGCUAUUGCUCAACGUCAAAAAGAAGAAGAGCAGUUUAAAGGUAAACUUACUGCUGAAGAAACGAAACGUCAAAAAGAACGUCAAGCCAAAGAAUCUGAUGAAGAAGCUCGUGUAGCGGAAGUGAAUGAACGUGAACGUCGUGAUUAUGAUAUAGCACGACGUCUUGCUAUAGAAACUGGUGGCGAAGCUGAUUUACCCCAUUUACAGCGAACACGUCGACCUACUACUAAUCAAAAACAUGAUUUAAGUAAACAUACAUAUGCUCAACUACGUGACUUAAUCAAUACAUCUUGCGAUUUGGAACUACUCGAUGCUUGUCGAGAAGAAUUUCAUCGCCGUUUGAAAGUUUAUCAUGCAUGGAAAUCGAAAAAUCGAAAAGGAAAAAAUCCAUCGGCUGAAGACGAUAACAUUGAUGAAGAUGAAGAACGAGCCCCACAGGAUAUUUUAAAUAAUUUUGUUGUACCUGCAGCAGCUGGUGUCUCAUCAACACCAAUCGGAGUAACUAAAAAGGCUAGCCAACCGGCAACAACCGCUAGCUCGAAAAAAUCUAGCAGCGGUAAAGGAACUGAACAACGGUUUUUUCGUAUUCCAUUUAUUCGUCCUAAUGAUCAAAAUCGAGAUACAAAUGGUGAUCAAAAAAAGAAAGGAUGGUGGUAUGCUCAUUUUGAUGAUAAAUGGAUUGCUCGUCAAAUGGAAAUCCAUCCAAAUAAAGAAUCUGUUCUUCUUGUUGCAGGUGUAGAUGACAUGAAUAUGUGUGAAUUAAGUUUAGAUGAAACAGGUUUAGCAACGAAAAAAGGUGCUGAAAUUCUCGAAAGUGACUUCGAACAAGAAUGGCUUAAACAUGGUGGCCAAGAAUAUUUGAAGUCACAUUUUGGACAAAUCAGUUCGAAAUAUGUCGUUCAAUUAGUUCAAAAUUAUCGCUAA